AUGAUUUCUCGCAGCAGUCUCCUAGCUCUUGCCAGCACUAUCUCUGUUGCCAGCACUCUGGGAAUCAAUUGCCAAGGCAGCGGCCUCUGCGUCGGUAACGGUGGCAGCUUGGGCGAAGUUCUUGGCAUACUCCGAGGCAUGGACCCGAAUCAACAGCUUUCGGAUGGACAGCAAAUCGCUUGUGUUGAAUCUCCCAACACUGUCGGGAACCCCUCUCUCUGUGUCUUCUACCAAAUGACUGGUCGAACAUUCACCGUGGACCAAACCAUUUGGUACGUCCAGGCUCUCAUCGACCACGGCUGUGGUGCGUGUGGCAGCGUGCCUGUGGACGAAGGAAACGAUGUUAAUAAUGGAGAGUUGACUGCCAACAUGGUCACCAAUGCUCGCCGUGGCAUGGAUAUGGUCAAAGUGAUUGCCAAAAGUGAGAAGCGCGCCAUUGAACGGGCUGAGACCAAGACAGAAGGUGUUUCUAAGCUGUCAAAGCGCUUGGGCAUCAACUGUAACGGUAGCUCUACCUGUGGUGUUGGAGGUAUCGCCGGAACCGAACGAGGAACUAUCGACGAUCUCAGAAACACCGUUGCUGGUGGCGACGACGGUCUCUGGGGAGAAGGACAGCAAAUAGCUUGUAUCUCACAUGCCACUGGCCGCCUUUGCGCUUUCUACCAAAAUGUUGGCGACCGGACUUUCAACAAGGACCAAACCCUGAUGUACAUGCAAUGGCUCCUUGACCACGGCUGCGACGUUUGUGGUAGUGUCCCUACCGACGAUGGCAAUGACGUUAAUAACGGCGAGUUGACUGUCAAUUUUGUUGCAUAA